CUGUGGCUCGCUUGUGUAAAGCUGCCUUUCAUGUCUUUGUUGUCGAGACUCGAGACAACACACCAGGUUAUUAGUAUUUAUAUCAACUGUAAGUGUGAUACCUAUGGGGCCAAUACGGAGAAUACAGGAGCAAAAUUCCUCAAACACACACGUGCAUGCAGGCACACACACACACACACGCACACACACACAGAUUCCUCAAAGGAAAUCCUCCCAGUGGCUUGUUUGUUCCUUGUAUUGUUCACGUUAUUAUGGAACACUUGUUAUUGAACGCCGGCGGUAAUAUGGUUAAGGAACGUUAGCUCUCCUCUAGUUUUUUUAACAGACAAGAGUUGUGAUAAUGUUAGCGCUUGCCAGAUGCCCUUUCUGCCUUGAUAAUGGCCAAACAGAUACAGCUUUGACAGCCUAAUGAGCGAGAUAUUCGCAUCGCAGUGUAAACGUAUAUUUAGGAAUUGGUUCAGGUGAAGACUCUGGAGUUGACUGGGGACGACAUCUGGUGAAGACACCGGUUCUACAAAGAAGUAGUUAUUACUCCUCGGCCUGAAGUUCUAGAAUAAAACUAAAAUGAUCUGUAAUUGUCUCUUUUAUACUUGGUUUUUGUUGGUUAAAGGGAUGAACUAGGCAUUGCUAGCUGACUUCUGACUUAUUCAUCCUACUUUACUAGCAACUGGCAAGCUGUAUCAGGCAACUUUAGAUGCGAGGGAAAAACGAAUAGCUAGCUAUAUUCGUUAAGCUAUCCCUCUGAUUGAUAAAGUUGAUUAAAAUACCAUUAGCUAGCUAGCUAGAUUGAAACUGCUGGGGGAAAUUUAGAUAACGUUACAUAACUCCCACCACCAGUCUGAGUUCACCACCUUAGUUAGCUAAGUGGACUGUAUCUAGCGUUCUAGAAUAUAACAACUAUAUAUUUGCUAUCUAUAAUGCUGACUAUUGUGAACACCUUUUUGUCAAACUACUUCGUUCCCCUGACUGUUUAUUGAUGCACUGGUGACUGAAAAACUUGACAAGAAAAAUGCACCCUCUUGAUUUCACUGCAAAUAGGCUGUUGUUUUGGUACAAUUUAGCUGAAUAGGCUGGUGCACAUUUACAUGAGUGUUUCAUUAGUUAACUAAGUUACUGACUGACCAGGCUAAUUCUUAUGAAUGUUUUUGGUAUUGUUGUAUUUCAAAUGAAGAGGGAGCUAGAUCACUAGAAAGCAGCAUGCAGACAGGCCAGGGCUCGUAUUCACAAAGCAUCUCAGAGUAGGCGUACUGAUUUAGGAUCAGUUUAGCCGUUUAUACAAUAUGAAUGAUUACAUUGACAAGGGAGAGUUAGGCCUAUAUCAUAUUGUGAUUUAAAGGUGGCACAGUGUCACGUCGUGAUUUAAAGGUGGCACGGUGUCACCUCGUGAUUUAAAGGUGGCAUGGUGAACUGUUGUGAUUUAAUGGUGGCAUGGUGAACCGUCGUAAUUUAAAGUUGGUAUGGUGUCACGUCUUGAUUUAAAGGUGGCAGGGGGGUCACGUUGUAAUUUAAAAGUGUCAUGGUGUCACAUUGUGAUUUAAAGGUGGCAGUUUGAGAGUAAAUGCUUUGUUUCUCCUCUCGCUCAUAUUUUGGGUGAUCUCUUUUAUGCCUCAAUUUCUCAUAAAAGGUAAUGUCAUGAGAGAGAGAGGGAAAGAGAAAGAGAGAAAAAGAGCAAGAGGAGAGAUGUGUUUCAUAAAAACUUCAGAAAGCUAUUAGGACCCUCAGAGGUCAAGAGGUCAAAUGUAUGUUCUAACACCCAUGUCCCUCUCUCCCCCAUCCCCCUCUGACUUUUUCUUAACUCCAUCUGUCUCUGCUCCCCUCUCUCUCUCUCUCUCUCUCUCUCUCCUCUCUCCUCUCUCUCCUCUCUCAUCCUCUCCCUCUCUCUCUCUCUCCUCUCUCUCUCCUCCUCUCUCUCUCUCUCUCUCUCCUCUCUCUGUCUCUCUGUCUCUCUCUCCCUCUCCCUCCCUCUCUCUACCUCUACCUCUCCUCCAUCCUCACCAGAACCCUCAGGACUGCAGUAAGGCAAGGAAGCUGGUGUGUAACAUCAACAAGGGCUGUGGCUACGGCUGUCAGCUGCACCACGUGGUAUACUGUUUCAUGAUCGCCUACGGCACACAGCGCACCCUCAUCCUGGAGUCCUACAACUGGCGCUACGCCACGGGCGGCUGGGAGACCGUCUUCCACCCCAUCAGCAACUCCUGUACUGACCGUACCGGGGUGUCUAUAGGACACUGGUCA